ACCCACUCUCUACACCCCAUCCACCAGCUCUCAUCACUACGAGAGGCGCGCCCGACAGCAGAGCACUCGCCGCCCAGCCCAGCCGCCUGGCCACACAGCCCGGUCGCCAGCCACAAUGCUGGGUAGCAAGCGACUGCGGUUCUCCGGACUCACCCUUGCGCUGUGCCUGCUCGUGUGCCUGGGCGCUCUGGCAGAGGCGUACCCCUCCAAGCCGGACAACCCGGGAGAGGACGCACCAGCUGAAGACAUGGCCAGAUACUACUCGGCACUGAGACACUACAUCAACCUCAUCACCAGGCAGAGAUAUGGAAAACGGUCUAGCCCUGAGACACUGAUUUCAGACCUCUUGAUGAGAGAAAGCACAGAAAAUGUUCCCAGAACUAGGCUGGAAGACCCUUCUAUGUGGUGAUGGGAAAUGAAACUUGCUCUCCUGUCUUAGCCUACUUUUCCUCCCGUAUUUCACCCAUUAAAACUAGAAUCUGCCUGUCCUCCCAAUGCAUGCAGCCCCUCUGCUCAACAGUGCAGAGUUUCCCUUCGUCAUUGUAUAUAUGUGUGUCUAAAUAAAGUACCAUGCAUUCAAAGGUG